CCGCCCCCCCAAGAAGAGAAGAAGUGGCUGAAAGAGGUGGCCGGCCAACGCUCGGCGGGCGGGGGCCCAGCGGGCAGCUCCUCGGACUCAGAGUCAUCCCCUGGAGCACCCAGCGAGGACGAGCGGGCGGUUCCUGGGCGUCUGCUGAAGACCCGGGCGAUGCGGGAGAUGUACCGGAGCUACGUGGAGAUGCUGGUGAGCACCGCACUCGACCCGGACAUGAUCCAGGCCCUGGAGGACACGCAUGACGAGCUGUACCUCCCGCCCAUGCGGAAGAUCGACGGCCUCCUGAAUGAGCACAAGAAGAAAGUCCUGAAGCGGCUGUCGCUGAGCCUCGCACUGCAGGACGCCCUGCACACGUUCCCGCAGCUGCAGGUGGAGCAGAGCGGGGAGGGCUCCCCCGAGGACGGGGCCGUGCGGCUGCGGCCGGCCGGGGAGCCCUACAACCGCAAGACGCUCAGCAAGCUCAAGAGGAGCGUGGUCCGGGCCCAGGAGUUCAAGGUGGAGCUGGACAAGUCCGGAUACUACACGCUCUACCACUCACUCCACCACUACAAGUACCACACCUUCCUGCGCUGCCGGGACCAGACCCUGGCCAUCGAGGGCGGCGCCGAGGACCUGGGCCAGGAGGAGGUGGUGCAGCAGUGCAUGCGGAACCAGCCGUGGCUGGAGCAGCUCUUCGACUCCUUCAGCGACCUGCUGGCCCAAGCGCAGGCCCACAGCCGCUGCGGGUGACCCCACCUCCUGUGGGGGGCGGGGCGCCUCCUCCUGGAACCAAGAAUUGGGACAGAACUGUGUCCUCAGGCGCUAACCCCUAGGCCCUGUGGCCAGGGAACAGGGAGGGUCACUGGUCAGGGUGUGUCCGUGCUGUCCCUACGGGGCAGGGUUCAGAGUUCGACUCCCCUCUCUCCCCAGCCCUCUCCACUCCCUCCCCGCCCCUCCCACUGUCCGGUGUACAGAGAAAUUAUUUAUAUAUAUGUAUAAAUGUCUAUUUAGUAACGGUUUCCCCUCCCCCCCUCGCCCCAUUCCCCCCUCCAUGGCCAUAGCCCUCACCCCCUCCACCUUGUACAUAAUGUAUAGGAAAAAUCUAUGUAUGGUUGAGGGGGGUGGGGCCGCUUUAGAGAGCUGGGGGACCCACUGACCCCCAAGCGCCCCCCGUUACAGGCCAAGAUCUUUGCUAAAGGCCAUUCCCUCCCCAGGGCUUUCGGUGUCCAGUGGGAGGGGGAAAACGCAUCUUGUUAAUUAUUUUUAAUCUUAUUUAUUGUACAUACCUGGGGCGGGGGCUGGGGAGGUGGAGGGGGGAGAGGGUCCCCUCCUUUUGCCCCUCCCACUCCUUUUCUACUGCGAUUUGUCUGUGUCUCCCCCACCCCCAGCACACACCACCCCCAUCCCAUUGUUGUCUGGAUGUGGUUCUAUUUUUUAUCGGUCUCCCCUCCCCUCUUCCCUCUCUCUGACCCCUCCGCUCCCACCUCCCCUCCACCCGUUGUCUCUUGCUCUUUCUUGGGCUUCUGUACAACUCAACUUGUAUACACUGUGUACACACAACCAGCCAAACGAAAACCCGACGGCAAACACUUGGUGGUCCGGCUGGAGUGGCUCUGUCCUGCGGCGUCUGGGCGGCGGCCCUGGGGUGGCACGGGCAGAGGGUCCGGAACGGGAGUGUGGCUUUUCUGGAGCCCCGGGUGGUGGUGCGCCGGGCACCAUGUAUCUGCUAUGUCUCGCUGUGUAACAAAGAGCCCCACCCCAAAAUUUAGUGACUUAAAACAA